AGAAAGAACCACCACCCAACUCCACCAACUGCACAUCCUCUGCUAGGAAAUCUGCAUUCUCUAGGCGGGCUGCUCCCUGGGAGUGACUGUCACAGAGCCAGGCGAACUGAAGAGCUUGGGCUAAAUCUCGGCGUGGCUUGGAGAGGGCAGGCGCGAUGGGGUGAGAGGCAGCACCUUAUUCCCUCCACCCACGCUCUCCGCCUCCUCCUCCUCAUGCACUCUGGCCUGCUGAGAAGAAACGCUGGCAGCCCGCGCGAGGCCGGCCCAAGCGAGCGGGUCCCGCGGAUCACUGGCCAAGCACGCUGGAGCACCCCCACCCCCGCAGCGGCGCCCCCACUUUCCAACCCCUGCGGCGAGAGCGGAUGCAGAUGGUCCGGGAGACAGGCCUCUCUUUCUGAUGAAAAGAGGAGGGAAGGAUGGACUACACUCACCAACCUGCCCUAAUCCCAUGCGGACAAGACAAGUAUAUGCCCAAGAGUGAACUUCUCCUACAUCUGAAGACCUACAACUUGUACUAUGAAGGUCAAAACCUGCAACUCCGACACCGAGAGGAGGAAGACGAGUUCAUUGUGGAGGGGUUACUGAACAUCUCCUGGGGGCUGCGCAGGCCCAUUCGGCUGCAGAUGCAGGAUGACCACGAACGCAUCCGUCCUCCUCCAUCCUCCUCCUCCUGGCACUCCGGCUGUAACCUGGGCGCACAGGGCACCACACUGAAGCCCCUCACCAUGCCCACUGUUCAGAUCUCAGAAGUGGAUAUGCCAGUUGAAGGCCUCGAGACACACAGCCCAACAGAUUCCAGAGGCCUGAAGCCUGUGCAGGAGGACACCCCACAGUUGAUGCGCACACGCAGCGAUGUUGGGGUGCGUCGCCGUGGCAACGUGAGGACAUCCAGUGACCAGCGACGGAUCAGACGCCAUCGCUUCUCCAUCAAUGGCCAUUUCUAUAACCACAAGACAUCAGUGUUCACACCAGCCUAUGGCUCUGUCACCAACGUCCGCAUCAACAGCACCAUGACCACUCCGCAGGUCCUGAAGUUGCUGCUCAACAAGUUUAAGAUUGAGAACUCGGCAGAGGAGUUUGCGCUGUACGUGGUCCACACCAGCGGUGAAAAGCAGAGGCUGAAGAGCUCCGACUACCCUCUGAUCGCCCGCAUCCUCCAGGGCCCUUGUGAACAGAUCUCCAAAGUUUUCCUGAUGGAGAAGGACCAGGUGGAGGAGGUCACCUAUGACGUGGCCCAGUAUAUAAAGUUCGAGAUGCCAGUCCUUAAAAGCUUCAUUCAGAAACUCCAGGAGGAGGAAGACCGGGAGGUGGAGAAGCUGAUGCGCAAGUACACUGUGCUCCGGCUAAUGAUUCGGCAAAGGCUCGAGGAGAUAGCAGAGACCCCCGAGACUAUCUGAGCCACAGGAAUGAAGACAGUCCAGACACUCCAGGGGCCGAGGCUGACCUGAGAAGACCCACUGGAAGCUAGGCAUCCUACAGAAACGUUUUCACACGAUCCUUGCAGCCUUCCAAAAGCCAGCACUGCUCCCUACAGUAGGACACAGAAGCAGCAGACAGCUCCCCACCUUUGGACCCCUGAUCUUCUUUGUCUCAUUCUCAAGGACUUUUGUCCUAAGGAGGACCCACAAUGUGUAUGCUUGCAUACCUGAGUGUGUGUAUGUGUAUGUGCACGCAUACGCAAGUGUGCAUAUGUGUACUUACCAUGUCCACGUGCCUCUCUGAUGUUCUUACAUUUGGUUAAAUUCCCAGCAGCCAGCAGGUGUCACAAGGCAGGAGGGCGCACGUGCUGCUCCUGUGUGGGAAGAACAGGGAAGUGACUGAGGCUUUUGGCUUCCUCCAGUGCCAACGGCAGCCGCACGGAUCUGCCACGCUUGACAGGGAAGAGGAGGCAGCAGGCUCACCGUUUGGAAUGUCUGAAGGUUUACAGCAGAGAUUCUUCUCAUUUGCCAAGGGGUGGCCCCAUGCCCUUGGGGCAAGUCCAACGAAAUGGAAAAAGCAAGAUCACCUCAGGGCGGAUGCAAUGAAUCUAUGAGUUUUUGCACUGGAAAGGUUAUCAAUGUAGAAAGCACAAUUAAUGUCCCCGUCCUGGAUGGAAACCUAGAAAGAAUGGAUUCUGCCUUCGUUCUUGGCUUUGUGGAGGCUUCUGGGUGUUUCUGCUCUCCAGCUGCCACUUCAAUUCACCCUGACCUGCUCAUGUGCCUGGGCCAGGUGUGUGCUGGGAUAAACGGCACUCGAAAGUUUUUAAGCCACCAGCUGAGAUGAGAGGUACCUUUAAGCCUAGCCCACCAUCACAUCGGUGAGAGUAUCUCCCACGUGGAGGUGGAGCAGUGUGUUUGAAGUCGCAUGUCUUUCUUUCUGGUCUCUGCACACUUGCAAGCUCCUUCACCUGAUACACGGAGAUGGAUUCCAAGAAUGGAGACCUGUCCUGUUGCUCAGUCAACACAGGGAGUCAGGAAGCUCUUUGGGGUGUUCCAUGAGGGUGGGCAGAGAGGACGGUGCUUGCUUAGCCUUUGAGAAGCCAUGCUCCCGAUUUUCAGAACCAGCCUCAUUGGCAGAAAGGGCAGGGAUGAUCCUGUAACCCCUCCAUUCGGGAUGCUGUCAUGUAGCUGGUCACCUGUGUGGCUUGUACCAUUUGAGUUUGGACGGAUGGAUGGGCUUGCUGCUGGUCUAUGAAACUCAGCCAAGCAAGGGGAGCAGCCCAUAACUCAAGCAUCUCUGAGUUUUGCUACAACAGGGUGUUCUUGUCUACCUGCUCUCAAGAAAGCUCUAGAAGCACAGCAGCGGAGAGACUGAGGGGCCCCGACCAGUGCGCCUUGUAAGGAAGGUGGACCUCUGCAGCAGAUCUGUUCUAGUGUAGGAAUGUUACUGUCCUUUGCCCUUCUCAGAGGCUCACAGCUGUGAUAUCAUUGUGGGCUUUCAAACAGAUGGCUCAUGGCCAGCCAUUUUGCUGGGUAUCACUUAGCAACCUUGCUCUUCUUCUAGGACAGCACAAUCCAUCCCAUGAGCAGUGGGAUGGAAACCUGUGGGUCUGAGUCUUUAUCUUAGACUCAAAAGACAGCAAAGCACAGAACUGAGCACAGAUACUGAGUGUAUCUUUAUGAGUACACACUUCAGUAAACUCUGAGCUCAGUGGGCAGCUGGGGUGGGGGUUCCUUUAUGACAGACAAAGAACAGCUUUGUGAAUGCAAAUACUUGAGAAAAUUUGGUUUGGAUAACUUCUCUUCCCGUUAUCUUUAUCUUGAAUGUUCAGAGCCUAUGUUGGUCCACAAUUCUCCCUUGGGAGCCUGGGGGCUUUCCAUGGAGCACACGAACUGGGAAGUUAUUUCUGAUUUAUGAAAGCUCAUUGUGUAAGUGUCAAUAUGUGACUGUUGCUGGGCAUCGGGUUGCCAGGCUUUCCAAGAUGGUGGUGCCAAGAUAGACAGCUUUUAAAGACUGGGGUUCAGAAAGGGAGUUGGGGUACAUGUUCACUAAUCCAUCUUGGCACAUUCCCUAGAGAUCAUGCCUUAUGUCCAAAGAACUGGGCAGGAGUUUUAGGAAAUUGGCUGGGAAUGAGACUCAGUGGUGGAACAUUUUCUUAGUGUGUGUGAAAAGCCGACUUCAAUCUCUAGAAACACACACACACACACACACACACACACACACACACACACACACACACACACACACAUGCACGCAUGCACGCACGCACGCAGCAGUGGUGUAGCUCAGUGAUAGAGGGAUUGCUUAGAGUGUCAGAGGCUGGUUCCCGACGCCUGCACCAAGCACCACACUACCCCCUGCACUUUGGAAGCCUUUGACAUAGCCGCAGCAGAACAGACCUCUACAGUGACGACUGGAUUUUCUCACUGGUCUCACUUCACAGCUUUGAACUCCAAGACUGAUUAGUGUGGGCUUAUGUAAUUGGGUGCAAUGGACCUGAAAUCCUGAGAAAUAAAAGACUAACGCAUAAGGCGGCGGUGGGGGUGCUAAUCCAGCAUGUGAAAAGUGGUUCGGCUGCCUCUGGACUCUUCCCCUCCCCCACCCCCACCCCCACAAAGGCUUAUUUUACAAGGUGAUCAAGUGCCGAGAACACCAGCCUCCGCCUGAGCGAGGUGGUGAGGCCAAGCACAGGUUGACUUUCUCGGUGACCAUGUUAGCGGGGAGCUGAUGCCUCACAGUGGGUGGGGGUGUUAGUUGGAAAGGGGCCCAAAGCACAAACACCCGUCAUGCCUGUGCUACUGGUGAAGGGCACACAGCUAACACCAUGGACAAACGCAGCUUUGUAACGUGGAAAGUUUGGGGUUAGGGAUACAUUUCCAAGAAAGAAAUAUGUCCAGUGACCAAAGGAGUUUUAAUGUCCCACAGGAGUCAGCUUUGCCCUGGUGAGGGAGGAGGUAGGAGGCUGCCCUAGCUCACCCCCACAGCACUGCCUAUCUUAAAGCAUAUCACCUAGGUUGUUUUCUGGAAAGCCUGGCUUCCGCCGGAUGAGAGAGCAUCUAUGAACCUGAUGUGACAUCCCUUCCUUCAGACAUAAUUGACAGUGGUUGCCAUUCCUUGGGGUACACCUUCCUCCCUUCCUCCUGCUCCCAUUAAACUGAGCACAGAGGUGCUUGAACUGUGAACUUUGGAGAAGCCUCAGUCUCCAGGUUGCUGGAUUCUGGGGUUGCUGGGUUCUGGGGUUACUACUAGUGUUUCUUCGGGUUUUUUCUUAGUUGAGUGGAGUCUUUUUUUUUUUUUUUUUCUUCAUCAUAACUUGCCUGUUAGGAAUGGUACAUGACUUGGCUUAACUGUUGGUUAUGAACUGAAAAUCGGAUGUGCUUAGGAAUCUUAACAUGAUUGGAUGGGACCUUGAUGGGGAGCCAUGGUUUUGUAGCCUUUUAUUUUUUAAUUAUUAUUUUUUUUGUAAUGUAUCCAUCUUAGACCUUAUUUAAAUAAAGCACUUUUGGAAGCGA